AUGUCUAAGAGAGGUCGUGGUGGAGCUUCUGGUAACAAAUUCCGUAUGACCUUAGGUUUACCGGUUGGUGCAGUGAUGAACUGUGCUGAUAAUUCUGGAGCCAAAAAUUUAUACGUUAUCUCAGUUAAGGGUAUUCAUGCUAGAUUGAAUAGAUUACCUGCAGCUGGAGUUGGUGAUAUGGUUAUGGCAACUGUUAAAAAAGGAAAACCUGAUUUAAGAAAAAAAGUUAUGCCUGCUGUUGUUAUUAGGCAACGAAAACCUUGGAGAAGAAGAGAUGGUGUUUUUCUAUAUUUUGAAGAUAAUGCUGGUGUUAUUGUAAAUCCAAAAGGAGAAAUGAAAGGUUCCGCUAUUACAGGUCCAGUGGGGAAGGAAUGUGCAGAUCUUUGGCCACGUAUAGCUUCUUCAUCUGGAACUGUGGCACACGAUUAUACUUAUGAUUUUUUCGUAGCCAUGACCACCAGAUUAUCAAGCAACAAAAUGACCAGGUCUUCUGGUUUCGGAAAUUGGAAAAGAAUUCCAUUCAACAGUGUUCAACAAGCAGCGCAUUUUUGUCCCAGGGAAUUUCUAGAAAUAGAUGUAUCUGCACCAACAUUCACUGAUCCUGACAAUUGA